CCAGCUCGGCCCUCGCCUCCCAGCCGCCCCCCACCCCCCGCAACGCCCGCCGCCCGCCGCCGGCCUGUCCAAGAUGGAGGGCGCUCCGCGGGCGCCGCUCGCCCUACGGCUGCUCAUCGUCGCGGCCCUGCCAGUCACCGGGUGGCUGACGACGGGCACCUUUGAGCCGCCGCUGUUGCCCCGAUCCCCGAAGGACAGCAUCAGAAUUAAUGUAACUACCCUGAAAGAUGAUGGGGAGGUAUCUAAAGAACAGGUUGUUCUUAACAUAACCUAUGAGAGUGGACAGGUAUAUGUAAAUGACUUCCCUGUAAAUAGUGGUGUAACCCGAAUAAGCUGUCAGACUUUGAUAGUGAAGAAUGAAAAUCUGGAAAAUUUGGAGGAAAAAGUAUAUUCUGGAAUUGUCAGUGUAAGGAUUUUAGUUCAUGAGUGGCCUAUGACAUCUGGUUCCAGUUUGCAACUAAUUGUCGUUCAAGAAGAGGUAGUAGAGAUUGACGGAAAACAAGCUCAACAGAAGGACGUUACUGAAAUAGAUAUUUUAGUUAAGAAUCAGGGAAUACUCAGACAUUCAAGCUACACCCUGCCUUUGGAAGAAAGCAUGCUGUACUCGAUCUCCCGAGACAGUGACAUUUUAGUUACCCUGCCCAACCUCUCCAAGAAAGGGGAAAGUGUUAGUUCAUUGCAGACCACCAGCCAGUAUCUUAUCAGGAAUGUGGAAACCACUGUAAAUGAAGACGCUUUACCUGGCAAAUUACCUGAAACUCCUCUCAGAGCAGAGCCUCCAUCUUCGUAUAAGGUGAUGUGUCAGUGGAUGGAAAAGUUCAGAAAAGAUCUGUGCAGGUUCUGGUGUAGUGUUUUCCCAGUAUUCUUUAUGUUUUUGAAUGUCAUGGUGGUUGGAAUUAUAGGAGCAGUUAUAGUAAUAACCAUCUUAAAGGUGCUUUUCCCAGUUUGUGAAUACAAAGGAAUUCUUCAGUUGGAGAAAGUGAAUGUUAUGCCUGUGACAGCUCUCAACUUAUAUCCAGAUGGUACUGAGAAAACAGCAGAAAACCCUGAAGAUAAAACAUGUGUUUAAUACACCAUCUCAAAUCAUGGACUCAGAAUUAGUCUAUUGGUUCAAAUUUGCCACUCGAAUAUAAUUUUAAAUCGUUAGGAAUCAGUUUGUACAGUAAAGAAAUUGCUAAACUCCUAAAACUGCCUAAAACUUGACCUUUAAAGUGAUAGUUAAAGUUCACCUUAAUAAUGGGGCUGGCUGUUCAGACGGUGAGUUGUUAAAGAAAA